AUGGCAGACGGUAUUAUCCCGCAGAUGGAGAACAUGGGGCUCGAAACAGUUGGCCCUUCGGGAGAUGAUCCUGCAACACCUGUGACAACUCCAUCACUGGCAACAUCAGACUUGCCAACAGCACCCGCGAAUUUCUCUGGCUCUGCAACAACUCGGCCAAGUGGAGACAAAAGCAUUGCAGAAAGGUUCAUUUCGCUGGUGGAGGACAUGGUGAGUGACCUGAAAAAGAUCAAGUUUGACGACCCUGUGAGGGACAUCUUCAAUCCUGUGGUGUAUGCCAAGGAGAUUCAUGACUGUUUCAUCAGAAAGUAUUGCAACUCAACCAAGUCUGUGCUCUUCCUUGGAAUGAAUCCUGGUCCAUCUAAGACGGGAAAGCACACUGGGGUACCGUUUGCAGACACCGAGACUGUGAAAGGCUGGAUGGAGAUUACAGCGGAGAUUACUGCAGAUGUUGGCGGAACCCAAAAGGAAUCACCCAAGGGUGGACCACGCAGUGGGGUCAGUGGAAAGCGUUUCUGGAAACUGUGUAAGGGUCUGUGUGACACUCCAGAGAAAUUCUUCGAUAAGUGUUUCGUAUACGACUACUGCCCUCUAAUAUUCCUGGGCGAGAAUGGCAAGAAUGUCACUCCUUCGGACAUGAAGGCCGACAUGAAAAAUGAAAUAAAUGGUGUCUGUGAUGACUUUCUACGUUUGUUGAUCCGUCUGCUGGAUGUGAAAGUGGUAGUAAAUCUUGGGAACUGGUACUGCAUCUAG